CAGUCUGCUCCGGUCUGGCUCAGUCUGGCCCAGCAGCGGCCCCGGACACCACGCUGGGGCAAUGUGUGCGCGGUGGGAGCUCGCUACUCUGCUGGCUUGCCUGCUGUGUCGGUGGUCGGCCGGGCAGCAUACGUCUGAGGGCACAUCUGGCAGCAGCCCCCUGUCCGUGGCAGCCCCGGGCCCGGCUGAGAUGCAGGACAUCCAGAACAUGGUCCGGCGCACAGUGCGGCAAAUCGUCUCACAACUGGACCCCUCGGCAGAGGUCGCCAGUUCAGGGUCACGGACCAGAAAGGUCAAGGAUUUCACGCGUCAGUUCCACGUGGGCACCAGCUGCCACGACAUCCAGCUGACUCAGGGUGCUGACCGGUCAGGGGUGUACCUGGUGCACCCGGCCAACCUGGCCCAGGGGCCGUGGAAGGUCUACUGUGAUCUCGAGACGGAGGGAGGUGGAUGGACGGUUUUUCAAGUGAGGGACGACGUGGAGCCCCAUGAGAACUUUUUCAGGAACUGGGAGGACUACAAGGUCGGCUUCGGUGACUUCGACAGGGAGUUCUGGCUCGGGAACAUUCUGAUUUGGGCGCUGACAAACGUUGACAACAGCACGCAGUUCGAACUGGCCAUCGACCUGGAGGACUGGUCCGGAAACAAACGCUUCGCCAGGUACCGCGGUUUCCGGCUGGGUCCCGAGCGGGACGCCUACCGCCUGUACCACCAAAACCUCUACUACGGCAACGCCGGCGACUCGCUCUUCAGCCACAACGGCCUGCCGUUCUCCACCUUCGACGUGGACAACGACAGCCGGCGCGGUAACUACAGCGAGCGCAGCUGCGCGCGCCUCUACAAGGGCGCCUGGUGGUACGGCAACUGUCACGACUCCAAUCUGAACGGCUGGUACCUGGGCGGCGCACACCGCAGCUUCGCCGACGGCGUCAACUGGUACACGUGGACCGGGUACCAGUACUCACUGCGGCGCACCCAGAUGAGGCUGCGGCCGCAGAGCGACGCGCCCAUACCCAUCGGACAGGACACGUUCAUCCUAACCAACCGAGCGGGCAGGGGUGGGGACUCAGGGGAGCGGGUGGAUGUGCCGGAGCUGCUGGGGCCGGCCAACACCCUCACUAGACCAUGAGAGUUACUGGGCCCUGAGAACCGAACCCUGAGGUUCACUGAACCCUAUAUCACUGAAACCUGAGGGUAACUGGAGGUACUGAAGAUCCCAAACGGCAGACCCUGAGGUUAAUUGGACCCUUAUAACUAUAUCACUGGACCCUGAGGGUCACUGGGUCCUAUAGGUAUAUCACGAGCUACGAGGAGAUAACUUUUGAAUGUUGCUGAUCAUGCUGAAGCUGCUGAGGCAGGCCAACCAGCACGCUGACUGAUCCCUGAUGACGGGCCUUCAGCAUGGCUGCAGGGAACAAACCACUAUUUUAUGGAGAUAUGUUGUUGCGUCGUGCGAGGAUGCCCUU